UUUUAAGCUAAUGUUUUAAAAAAGUAUAAUACUAAUCAUACAAAAUUUACACAUAAUACUACUGAAUUUUCAAAUAAAAAAAUCCUCCAAUUGUUCGGAAAUGAAUUACUCGGAUACUAUCAAAUGGGUAUAACCAAUAUCCGGCCGGGGAUGAGUCCCGUGUCAGUCCCAAGGUCAACCCUGUCAACUUUCGUGCCAAGGAUGGUCAACUCCGUGCAUCUUAUAAACUUGGCUACAUCCAUGGAUGGAGUUGGACCUUCGAAUAUCCCAGGCACCUCCAAGGGCCGCGAUGUUGUGGACCCAGACGUUGCCAAGCCGAGCAAGACUCGAGAUUCUGCAUUCAAACGACUAGAGAUAAGGAGGAUGGACCCUGCAAGUCAGCCAAAACGUGUUGGGCCUGAGAUGGCUCGGGCUUGCACUUUUGAUCAACUUGGCGGGGGAAGGGAUGGACAACCUGCCCCAUUACGACAUUCGAGGGAUGCGGAGACGAUCCACCUAGACGAAGAAAAAGCCAAAGGCCAGCCUCGACAGUUAGCCUACACCUGACUCUCAUAUGAAGAUCGCGAUGAGGAUUUUAAUAAGAUCAGGAGCAUAUGUGAUUAAGAACGAUUUAAGAGCACUAUCGAAAUAAUAACUGAAUUGAAUAAAAUAUGUUGAUAAGAACUGAAUAAUAUCAAAACUGUGAAUGUCUGAAGUGAACAUUGUGUGCAUGAUAUCAAAUGAUUUGAUUAUGAAUUUAGAUUCAGUUUAUAUGGAUGUUCGACGCAUUAGAUAUGCUUACUCAGCUUUACCGCUGAGCGUGUAGUAUGUUUUAAUUGCUACACGCAGGUAAACAGAAAGAACAAUGUGAUGCUGGUGGCAGAUGAGGCGAGAUUGUCGGGAUGGAUGUGACAAGUUUUGAAAUGAAUUAUUAUAUGUCAAUUUUUAAUUCGCUUCCGCAAUAUUGUUGAAUACUCCGUACUGUAUAUGUUAUGAAAAAAAUAUUAUUGUGAUAAAUAAAAGUGUUUGAAAAGUUUUAAAUUUUUACGAUUUCCAAGUUAAUACUUUAGUCCAAAAGGGGCUCCAGACCUGAACGGAUUAGGGUGUUACACGGUGAAACCGAACAUUAAGCAAAUAAAAAGAGAGCUCUUCGCUUUCAGUGACAGGGACCUGCCUAGAACGGGAGGGGACCACAAUGACCCCUUAGCCAUUACGAUGGAUAUCAAGGGAGUGGACGUGGUAAGAAUUUUUGUUGACACCGGGAGCAGUGUCAACGUAUUAUACCUGGAUACUUUUAAGAAGUAGACGCUUGAUCGAUCCAGGUUGAAACCCUUACGGUGCUAUCGAGCUUCACCGGAGCAUCAAUCGAGGUGGAAGAGCAGGUAAUCCUCCCUGUGGAGUUAGGUUUGGGAAACAAGGUGGUGACCAAACAAAUGAAAUAAGUUGUGGUCGAUAUCAAAUGCGUGCAUAAUGCAAUCUUGGGAAGGCCUGGAAUCAACCAGGUUGUGGCCAUUAUCUCCAUGACACACCUGUGCAUGAAAUUUCACACGCCCAAUGGCAUUGGAGAGGAAAGAGGAUACUAGAAGAAUGUGUGAUCUUGCUAUCUCGAGGCCAUCAAGAAGAUGACUUGACUUUUCGAGCAAAUCAGGAUUGUCUCCCAGCAGAUGGAUAAGGGCAAAGAGAAGGCAAGGAUCGAGCCUUAUUGUAAAAAAAUAAUUAUUUUAAAAGUAAAUCAAUUGGGAGUAUAUAA